GCGGUAUUUGGUGCCCCCUGCAGGUAGACAGAUGUAAAGUCAGCAGCAUUUUAAUUGACCCGGAAACAAAUCUCACUUUUUGAACCACACGUGUGUAAGCACAGCACCAUGGGGAAGUCCAAACAAACUGGAAACCACAAGGGUGGCAAGAAGAAAAACAUUGCCAAGACUUGGAAGACAAAGCGCAGGACCAAGGACUUGGACCAGAUCCACUCCGACAUGAAGCCUGAGACAGCGGCCAAGCUGCUUAAACAAGAGGUGGACUAUGAUGUUACAGGAUGUGCCCAGCACUACUGCCUACACUGCGCGAGAUAUUUUGUGGAUAUGAGAUCCUUGAAGGAGCACUUCAAAAGCAAAGUGCACAAAAAACGGUUGAAGCUGCUCAGAGAGGAGCCCUACACACAGGCAGAAGCAGAGAGAGCAGCAGGCAUGGGCUCCUACAUCCCCCCUAAAACUAUUGAAGUGAAGACACAGCCGAUGGAGGAGGAAAUGGACUGAGAACUGCCUACAUUUACUCACGGACUGAUUGACUCAAUAACAGAGGCAUUAUCAAAAUUGAUAAUGAUUCUACAGCAUUUAUCUCAACAUCACAGGUGGCCAUUUGUCCAAAGCUGAUACAUUGAAUGCUUUUAUUCUGACAAAUAACAUCUGUUUUGGCACCGAAAUACGAUGUAAUGUGAUGUUAGGCAAUGAGCUGAUUCAGAAAAACCUUGCCUAAUGCAGGGCAAUGUAAUGCAAAUGCAACAUGUGCAGCAGUUGCAUUUGCAGUAUGUAUAUGUAAAUAUGGUGUAUGUGCAAGGAACAGUGUGAAACUGAGAUGUUAAUAAAUAAAAAAUGGAAGGUGGUUUA